GAGAGAGCGAGAGCGAGCCGGCAGAGAUAACUGGACUAACUAUCGCGAGAGUUCUCCAAGAGAACAAGAGAUGUGGCGGCAGUAUGCGCGGGAGAAUAAGGGCUUCUGCGAGAUCUCGAUGAGACGGCAACAAGUUGCGGGCACAGGCAGGUAGCCUCGCGACAUCUCAGAGGUAGCAACGCGGUGGGAAUUCGUCAAAUCUCGGAGAAGCAACCGAGUGUGCGCGCGCGGAGGGGUAGUCGUUAUCUCGCGAGAGGACAGUGAAAAGUGUUUGUUUGUGGGGGUAUCGCGAGAGGUGUGAGGCUCGCGCACGGGCUCCAGCCACCUCCCCCCCGCUGGAGCCGUUGGUGGUGGUGCGACAGCGGAUGGAGACGCUAUCGCGGGCCUGAGAAUUGUCUGGUGUUUCUCAGCUUGAAGAAGAUCUACAGUCAUUACUGAUCCUUUUUUCUUGGCGUUACCAUUUUGAAGUGAAGUUUACCUUUCUAGUGUGAGCUUUCUUUUCAGCCAUCUUUAAAAUUUUGAUCCAUAAAGUAGACAAGCUAUAGUUCUACAAUGUCCAAGUCAUUCCAGCAGUCAUCUCUAAGUAGGGAUUCACAAGGUCAUGGGCGUGACCUAUCUGCAGGAAUAGGCCUUCUUACUGCUGCUACCCAGUCUUUAAGUAUGCCAGCAUCUCUUGGAAGGAUGAACCAGGGUACUGCACGGCUUGCUAGCUUAAUGAAUCUUGGAAUGAGUUCUUCAUUGAACCAACAAGGAUCUCAUAGUGCACUGUCUUCUGCUAGUACCUCUUCCCAUAAUUUACAAUCUAUUUUUAACAUUGGAAGUAGAGGUCCACUCCCUUUGUCUUCUCAGCACCGUGGAGAUGCAGACCAGGCCACUAAUAUUUUGGCCAGCUUUGGUCUGUCUGCUAGAGACUUAGAUGAACUGAGUCGCUAUCCCGAGGACAAGAUUACUCCUGAAAACUUGCCUCAAAUCCUUCUACAACUUAAAAGGAGGAGAGCUGAAGAAGGUCCUUCAUUGAGUUAUGGUAGAGAUGGCAGAUCAUCUACACGGGAGCCACCAUACAGAGUACCUAGGGAUGAUUGGGAAGAAAAAAGGCACUUUAGAAGAGAUAGUUUUGAUGAUCGUGGUCCUAGUCUCAACCCAGUGGUUGACUAUGACCAUGGAAGUCGUUCUCAAGAAUCUGGUUAUUAUGACAGAAUGGAUUAUGAAGAUGACAGAUUAAGAGAUGGAGAAAGGUGUAGGGAUGACUCUUUUUAUGGUGAGACUUCGCAUAACUAUCAUAAAUAUGAAAGUGAGUAUGACAGAAUGGGUCGUGGUCCUGGUCCUGAGAGAUCUCUCUUUGAGAAAAAGAGAGGUGCUCCUCCAAAUAGCAAUAUUGAAGACUUCCAUGGAUUCUUACCGAAGGGUUAUCCCCAUCUGUGCUCUAUAUGUGAUAUGCCAGUUCAUUCUAAUAAGGAGUGGAACCACCAUAUCAAUGGAGCAACCCACAGUCGACGUUGUCAGCUUCUUCUUGAAAUAUAUCCAGAGUGGAAUCCUGAUAGUGAUUCUGGACAUGGAAUGGGUGAUCGGUCUAUGUUGCAGCAAUCUACAAAUCCUGCACCAGGAAUUUUGGGGCCUCCACCACCUCCGUUUCAUCUUGGACCGCCAAUUGGGCCAAGAGGGGCUGGAAAUGGAAACAUGCCAGGACCACGACAUAUGCAGAAAGACAGAAUGGAAACAAGCAGAGUUGUUCACAUUAUGGAUUUUCAAAGAGGGAAAAACUUGAGGUACCAAUUGCUGCAGCUUGUUGAGCCAUUUGGAAUAAUUACAAAUCAUUUGAUUCUAAACAAAAUUAAUGAGGCAUUUAUUGAAAUGUCCACUACUGAAGAUGCCCAGGCUGCAGUGGAAUAUUAUAUGACAACACCAGCUCUAGUAUUUGGCAAGCCAGUAAGAGUGCACUUGUCCCAUAAGUAUAAAAGAAUAAAGAAACCAGAAGGGAAGCCUGACCAAAAAACUGAGCCACCAAAGCCGGAACCUGGUCGCGUGAUUCACCUCAGUAAUUUACCUCAUUCAGGAUAUUCUGACAAUGCCGUAAUCAAACUAGCUGAGCCAUAUGGAAAAAUAAAGAAUUACAUACUGAUGAGAAUGAAAAGCCAGGCUUUCAUAGAGAUGGAAACCAGAGAAGAUGCUUUGGCUAUGGUUGAGCAUUGUUCAAACAAAGCACUUUGGUUCCAGGGCAGAUGUGUGAAGGUGGACUUGUCUGAAAAAUACAAGAAGCUGGUAUUAAGGAUUCCCAACAAAGGAGUUGAACUAUUGAAAAAAGAUAAAGCGAGAAAGAGAACGUAUUCUCCAGAUAGUAAAGACUCUCCGAGUGAUAAAAAAUCUAAGACCGAUGGAACUCAGAAAACUGAAAGCGGCAGUGCUGAAGAUAAAGAUAAAGAGGAGAAACAGGAUGAUGAUGAUGCUGAGAAAUCAGCUGCAAAAGGCAGUGAACAGGCAGACCAAGAGGAACCUAGUUUACUUCUUGAAUCUGAAGAUGAGCUGCUAGUAGAUGAGGAAGAAGCAGCAGCAUUGCUAGAAAGUGGCAGCUCAGCAGGAGAUGAUGCUGAUGUUGCUAAUUUAGGUGAUGUGGCUGCUGAAGAAAAAAAGGAUGCAGCAGAUGACACUACCACAAAAACUGAAGGAAAUGUUGGCGCGCCCCCAGCAGCAAAGAAAAAACUUAAAAAGCGAUAUGUGGGUGGCUUCCCCCAGAGCAUGGAAGGUUUUGUCACUCUAGAUGAGGUUGGUGAUGAAGAAGACUCAGAUCAUCAGAAACUGCGUAAAUCAGGGAUGGCAGUUAAAUCUGCUGGGAAAAAUGAUGAUAGUUUGGCUGAAAUUAAGGUAGACAAGAUGGAGGAACCAGAGCAGGAAAAUGAGACCUUGGAAAAUGGAACCAAAACUGAGGAGAAUAUGAAGAUAGAAACUGUUGAAGUUUCUGACAACACAGCAACCCAGGAUACGGAGAAAAAUACAAAUGAAAAUACAGAUGCACAGGAUGAACAGGAAACAAAAAGCAUCCAGGAGAAAUCUGUUGUUCCAGACGAAUAUAGAAUUGGACCGUAUCAGCCAAAUGUUCCUGUUGGUGUGAAUUAUGUGGUACCCAAAACAGGGUUUUAUUGCAAACUGUGUUCCUUGUUUUACACAAAUGAAGAUGUUGCAAAAAAGACCCAUUGCAGCAGCCUUCCACAUUAUCAAAAGUUGAAGAAAAUUCUGGAUAAAAUGGCAGAAGAUCAUAGGCAAAAGAAAGAGGCUUAAGUGCAAAAAAACUUGAUUCAAGGAAAGUGGUUUUGUUUUUAAUGUUAACCUUUUUUAAAUGCAGUACAAAUAGUAGAUGGAAAAUACUAUACUCUUUUGUUUUAGUGAAAUACAGUAGGCGUAUAGCUCUGUUCAUGUGUUAAAUGUUAUAACAUAAAUGAAGCUAAUAGAAAUUUUUUGUUCAUGGAAAAUAUGGGAAUGGCAACAGAAGAAAGUUUUCUUUCAAUUGAUAUUUCAAGCUACUAUAGAAACUAUUGCACCACUAUGAAAGCUCAUGUACAAAAAGCAAACUUUAUAUAAACCUACUGUUUUCAGGCUUCAAAAAGUUAUCCUUCAAUUUUGAUUCCAUUCUUCAAUAAAAAAUAAAACGUGGUAUUGUAUUUUUAUUGCUUUCAUCUAGAACAUUCCAGAUUUCAGUCUGAGCCUAGCAUAUAUUUAAUUUGGAGUGUGAGAUUGUCGUUGCAUUUCACUGUGGAAAGUCUUUAAAUGUAAAGGUUGCAUUUUUAAAAUGUUGGAUGCAGUUUCUUUUAAUGUCAUUGCUGUUAUCUAGAUAAUAAGAAAAUUAGUAAGUAGUCAGCUUUAAAAUUUUGUGAUUUUUUUCUAAGUUCUUGAUAGGUUUUUUCCCCUGUUCUAUUAUACAGCGUACUUUUUAGUGAAAUGUAAAGUCCUAUUCUUCUCUGACCAGUAUUAUUUUCUUGACCUCUUACUGCUUGCUACUUGAAUCCUGUAGCUGUCAUACAUCUCUGAUAUAAGCAAAAGCAGCAUUUGAGUCCUGAAAUGUAAAAAAAAUAAGUAUCUUUAUAUUCUUCAUAUGUAAUUUUUCAUACCUGCAUUUUAAAACUGGUUUGAUCAAAUUCCUAGAACUGUGCUAUUAAUGUACCUGCACAUGUGACAUGUGAUCAGGAAUUUGCAUGUAUAAUCUGUGUUUAUCUGUAGUCUUUCUGAUUAUAUACUGCUUAUUUGUGGGUUCAGGUUACUAAAGUGAUUUACCAAUAAACAAACCUAGGCAACAGUAA